AGGAAAGACAGCCAUUUUGCACCGUCCCUCUUCCACCCAGAAAGUAGGUUGUCGUGGGAAGACGUAAUCAGAGAAAACUACUAACUCACAAAUCCCACCACACAAUCAUUCCCCCGUGUCAGCACAAUAUACCUACUCAGUUUCCUCCGUUUGAAAAAGGAGGCAUCGAGGGUUAACGGAAGCAACGUUUCAGAAAAGCAAGGCUACAGAGAGGCAUUUGACAAAGGCACUGGAUGGAUAGUAUCGAAGCUGAAGCCCUGUACCUGACCACAGCGCAGCACGGGCAACCUCAAUGCGAGCUUUCUCUUCCUGCUGUGGAAGUACCUGCCCUUGGCGGAAGCAAGAAGAUGAAUGGGUCUCUGGACCACCCAGACCAGCCCGACAUUGAUUCUAUAAAGAUGUUUGUGGGUCAGAUCCCUCGGACGUGGUCAGAGGAUCAGCUGCGUGAGCUGUUUGAGCCCUAUGGUGCAGUUUAUGAAAUCAAUGUUCUUCGUGACAGGAGUCAGAACCCCCCACAGAGUAAAGGUUGUUGUUUUGUCACAUAUUACACCCGUAAGUCUGCAUUAGAAGCACAAAAUGCCCUUCACAACAUGAAGAUUCUUCCAGGGAUGCAUCAUCCCAUACAAAUGAAACCUGCAGACAGUGAGAAAAACAAUGCGGUAGAAGAUAGAAAGCUGUUUGUUGGAAUGAUUUCAAAGAAGUGCAAUGAGAACGACAUCAGACUCAUGUUUUCUCCAUAUGGUCAAAUCGAGGAGUGCCGCAUAUUGAGAGGUCCAGACGGACUAAGCCGUGGCUGUGCCUUCGUCACAUUCACAGCGAGACAGAUGGCCCAGUCUGCCAUCAAAUCCAUGCACCAGUCACAGACUAUGGAGGGCUGUUCUUCUCCCAUCGUGGUGAAGUUUGCAGACACACAGAAGGAUAAAGAACAGAAACGCAUCGCCCAGCAGCUGCAGCAACAGAUGCAACAGCUCAAUGCUGCCUCCAUGUGGGGAAACCUUACAGGGCUGAACUCACUGGGCCCACAGUACCUUGCACUUUAUUUGCAGCUUCUACAGCAGUCUGCUUCCUCUGGAAAUGCGCUCAACAAUCUCCAUCCAAUGUCAGGUCUGAAUGCCAUGCAAAAUCUGGCUGCAUUAGCAGCAGCAGCGAGUGCUACACAGGCCACACCUACAGGUAGCAGUGCGCUGACCACCUCCAGCUCCCCUCUCAGCGUCCUCACCAGCUCAGGUACGCCCUCCGGACAGCCUGCUCAAUCUGCCUGGGAUGCCUACAAGGCAGGUUCCUCUCCCACCUCCAGUACUAGUUCUUCUGUGAACCCCAUGGCAUCUUUAGGUGCUCUUCAGUCUCUUGCUGCGGGCGCUGGAGCAGGUCUCAACAUGAGUUCCCUAGCAAGCAUGGCUGCUCUAAAUGGUGGUCUGGGCAGCGGAGGUCUCUCCAACGGCUCUGGAAGCACUAUGGAGGCUCUGACUCAGGCGGCCUAUUCUGGGAUCCAGCAGUAUGCAGCUGCCGCUCUGCCAAGCCUCUACAGUCAGAGUUUACUGUCCCAGCAGAACGUUAGCGCUGCUGGCAGCCAAAAAGAAGCAAGUCUCAAUCAGAGCGUGGGCCCUGAAGGAGCAAACCUGUUCAUCUACCAUCUGCCACAGGAGUUUGGUGAUCAGGAUUUGUUGCAGAUGUUUAUGCCUUUCGGCAACGUCAUCUCUGCCAAGGUCUUUAUUGACAAACAGACCAACCUUAGCAAGUGUUUUGGCUUUGUAAGUUACGACAAUCCAGUUUCGUCCCAGGCAGCCAUUCAGUCAAUGAACGGUUUUCAGAUUGGAAUGAAGCGGCUGAAGGUGCAACUUAAACGAUCUAAAAAUGACAGCAAGCCAUACUGAGUGAUUUUGCUCUCAAAUGGACUUGGUUUGAAAAUGUUUUUCUGGUAAGUGGAGUGUCACGUUGGAAAGCUCUAAUGACCCCCACACCCAACCCUUAACACCCGUCUUUCCUAAUCCUCCUUUUACUUCUCUGGCCUUUCCUACACAUCUUCUCUCUUAACCUUAAAAACAUGCAGAUAACCUAAAGACAACAUGCAAAUUGUUAACAUUAUGAAUUUGUUCCAAGGAGAAAUGAGUUGUUGUUGUUUUUCUUUUUCACAUUUAUAUAUCGAUAUCUAUCUUUCUAAUUGUUUUGUUGAUCUUUUGUUUUCCCUUAAAUCUUUUUCUUUUUUUUUCUUUUUUGGUGCCAUAUUACAAGUUUGCUGUGUAUAAAUCUUGCGUCAAAAGGAUGUUACACAAUGAAAGCCAGCCUGCGUGACUGCUUUCAGUCCCUAAGACUGUUGAUCACUCCGGUCUGGCCCCUGUAGAUGUUCUCCUGUGUUUACACUAGACUCUUGUAGUACAUUCGGACAGUGUAAUGCUGAUGCCUCCUACAAUGCUGCCUUUCUAGAAAAUGAAGGAGGCUUGCUGCAUCGGUGCAAAAGAUAAUCAGUCACCUGAAAUAUUAUUUCGAGCAUCUGGAAAGUCAGGCUGCACUCCUCCAUUAGACUCGGUUUUCAUGGAUGCCUUUUUAUUUAAUUCAUUUAUUUAUUUAUUUCACUAAUUUAUUUAUUUAUUUUUAAUGUGUCUGUGUCUUCACAAUGAGGGUGAUGUGACAUUGCUUCAAACGUCUGUUUUAUGUAUUCUGUUGGAGGGCUCAGCUGACAACAGUAUUGAUGAUGAUGAUGAUGAUGUUUGUUUUUUAAUCACAUUUUUUACAUUCUAACAAAGACAAACACUAUUAUAUCACGUGUUCAUAGAGGACGGUUAAUCCUUCAGUGUUGGCCGUUGGCUGGAGAUGCUACACUUACUCUCAGGACAUUCUCACCUUUCUGUCAGACCAAAACGUAAUAUUCUACUCACCUGCUACAUAAAAAGUGAUGGAGCGCUUCGUUUCAGUUCAUUACUUUUCUCUUAAAGCCUCAAAUUAAAGCAAAUCCUUUUUCUGACCCAAGAUUUUUAUUCAACGCUGAAGAAUCUGCCGGUAGCACGUACGGUUUUAAAAUGGCAUUUGUAUAGAUUUUAUUAGAGUUUUUUUGGUGGUCAUUUGAUGUAUUACUCAAUUGACGCCUCGAUUCCAGAGGUCCGCGUCAAAGCUUUUAGCAAUAUUUGCAUACUGGAAAAGAGACUGAGAGAUGACAUUGCCAAGAAACCGAGCGGAAAAGAAGGAAGUUUACAAUUGCUGAAUUCAUGGCCACUUAACUGAAGUUUAUUUCCAAAAAAAAGCGUGUGUGGAGUGUGUGAUCAGUAUUUCAUUCUCAGUGUUUGUAGGUGGUCUAUCCAGACCCUUCCUGCAAUCCUCAUCAUGGUUAACCUUGUGAUUGUGUGUUUAGUAGUUACUCCACGCAGCUCGCUUUAGUUGAAUAUUAAUAAUAAUGUUAAUAAUAAGUGUUCAAUCAGAUGUUAACGCCAAUCUGAGUCCUGCAGGGUCGUGAGGUGAGAAGCUUGUUUUUAUGGAAACUGAGAAGAAAUCAUUAUCCAGAUAGUGUAUAUUACUUAACUAUUAUGCCUUUUCUAUUUUUAUAGAGGUUUUAUAAUAUUGCCUAAAUAAUUUCUCUGAAUUAAAACGGUUGUUUAAAAAAGAAAAUCUCUCAAGAUUCAACAGUGUUUUUGUAGAAUCCUAAUGUGAAGUUUUGUGGAUGCAUUCACCGAUUGUUUAAACUAUUGAUGUGUGGCCCUUUUCUUCACUAGAUGUAGUGUGUCGCCUGUUAAGUCAAACAAUUGUACCAAGAGCUCUGAAGCAGAUCCACGGUUCAGUCUAAAGCUCUUACUCGGUGUAAUAUCCUUAAGUGCAUCAUUGUGAGUCAUUUCCUCGCACCAUACCAUUAGUCAGAGCUGUAUUAGUGGAAUUGUAUUCUCACAUUUACCUCACUAUUGUUGUCACUUUUUGAAACGCUUGUAUUUAUUAAUGGUGCAUUAUUAUUAUAUUUAUAUAUUGUUUUCAUUGCAAAGAAGCCAGCUCUUGUGAACUUCGCAAUCGUACCGUUUUCCACGCUUCUCGAUCCAGACGAGGAAACGGAUGUGCCACUUUUGCUUGCUAGUUUGUUUUUAAUUCAUUAGAGACGCUGCAUUAGACUGAACCCAGGUGUGAAGCCCCUCUUGAGAUGCUAGCGCAGGGAUUCCCUCUCCCUGAUCUGUGCCUCUGUUCAAAGAAACACAGUUGUAUCACAAAACCAUUCAGUGGAAGGAAGGUGGAAGUGUGCCACGAAUCACCAUUUUGAUCAAUCCAAAGAUUCUUGUAAACUUGUUCUAGGCAGGGAUUCUGUUUGUCAGGCAGAUUAUUGUUAUCAUUAUUGAUCCAGAGCAAAUUGACUGGCGUUUGUGCGCCUUUCCAAAUAAGUGCAGAAGUAGUUCCACUAAUGUGCCAAACACAUCAAGUCUUAAAUUUCUGUAUGGGUUUUAUGUUCCAUCACGCUGUUGUCCUUCACCGAGUUCAAUGUAGCUGAACUGUACUCGUUUGUGUCACCAACCAAUAUGAGCAGCUCCAAAUCUAUAUGCAUUAUUCCACAGUCCCACACAAUUCAGAGCUGAAGCACAAAAUAAAAGGACUUUCACUGAAGAGCUGAAACAUUGAAGCACAAUUUUUCUUUUUGUUUCUCUCUCUCUCUCUUUCCCUUGGUCUCUAAAUCAACACAAUAAAUGUGUUUGUGAGAAGUGGAACUGUCCAGGACAGUGUUGAGAUGUGAUAGCAGUCAUAGGCAGGUUGUGUCGUCUCUCUCGGUGUUGUUGUUCUUGUUGUCGUCGUUUAAUGUUAUUCCCUUUGUUCACUAUUGGCAUGGUGCUUACCUCUUUCUUCCCACAUUUCCUCCUCAUUUCCUUUGUCGCAUUCAGUGUUUUGUGUUUAGAUGAUGUGUGCACCUUUGAACCCCCCCACCCUACUCCCCAUGCAGAAAAAAUAAUCAUUCAUGAAUUUGUGUUAUUUGUUUUCAUCCCUUCUCCUUUUUUCCGUUAUGCUUUAACCUAGGUUUGUUAUUCGUUUUAUUUUUGUUUUUGUUCUAGAUAUCUUCGUGCCCGUUUGUCAUCGUUUGCCUAGCAUGUCGAUGUGACGUCAAAAGUUCAUCGUCCAGUCCGUUGUCCUCUUCGCUUCUCUGACGCUUGAAAUUUCACACUUGACCUUUAUUUUGUUAACUUUUGACGCUUGUUGAUUACUUUUUUUGUUUGUUCCUUUGUGUGAUGUUCAUUUCUGUCAUUUGUGCUGCCAAUAGGGGGCGUUAGAAAGACUGCUGGAAGUGUAAAAAGUUUCUUGAAAAUUGUUUCCGAUAGAGCAAAGAGUCUAUUUUUCUAGAACGUUCAAACAUAACCACUAGGUUUCUGCCGAAGCUUUUAAUUUUUCCGAUUCUUAUGUUUUUCUUCUCUUUAUGGGAGUUUUAUUGUUUUCAAGCAGUCUUCCUAGCGCUUCUAAUUGUACUCCUUUUUUGAGUUGUUUUUUUGUCUCUUCUCAAAGCAGCCAUUCAGUUUGUAGAAUCACUUGUGUGUGUGUGUUCCAGCGUGGGUGUGUUUCCCUCUUUCUCUCACUGUUAGUUCUAAACCUUUUAGAGGAUGUGUUCGUCACAUUUUGCUGAAGUCGAGGAUAAACUUUGUAAUUUUGUGUUAGGAUAGUUGGCAUGAUGUAAUUUUUGGGAGUUUCUAUUAACAGAGUGACAUUACAAUAGACACUUGAAUUGCCUUUUUUUUUUUCUUUGUGUGUGUGUGUCGAGCCAACACGGGCACAUGUUUUUCAUUUUCCUUAUUGUGUGAAAAUCAGGAUUAGUCUGAAUUAAUGCAUAGAAUGAGCAGAGUUGAAUUUCUUGUCACAGGUAAAUAUUAAGCAUGCAUGUUCUUUUUGUUUUUGUAAGUGCACUGAAAUCCUCAGCAAAAUGUGAUCUAGUUCUGUUUCAAAGUCAAGAUGAAUAAAGUGGUGCCAAAAGUUUUGCAUGUCGCUGUUGGUUACAUUUGCAAUACGUUUCACGGCUUCUGCUAUUAUGGUCUCAUUUCGAUGGAUUAAGAUUUAAGAACAUUACAAUGUGCUUAGGCUAUGAGUUUUAACGAUGUAUUCUUGUGAGUCCUUAGAUAUAAAUUGUGCCUACUACAGCAAAACAUAUGCUCUUAAGAUGUUGUUCAGUUAAUGAUGCUUUGUUAUAACCACACCGUUGGUCUGUUUUACACUCGGCUUGCAAGCUUUUGUUUUCCCCCUCCCUGUUUCUUUUUCUCUGUACAAGUUGUGGACUGAAUGAUAGAGCUCACCUUAACUUUUAAUUUGAGGGGCGACCCUCUAAUGUCCAACAUGAACGAAGAGCUACAUUUGGGAGUUUUCUUGUUUUUAAAAGAUGUAUUCUGACAGACUAAUCCAAUCGGGGGUUGAGGUGGUUGUUUUCUAUUUAGAUUUUAAGCUGCUGUUUUGUGAGUUCAAAUGUACUCUCUGAGUUCAAACAAUUUCCUGUGGGAUGUUUGUCAUUACUGGUACAGAGUGAUUGUAUUUAACAUUUAAGAUUUGUACAGAGUUUGCCUUUUUCUACUUCAUAAGUUGUUUCACAGUGUAAAUCCCAUUAAGUAGAAGCAUGUAGACCGUAACGCCAUGACCAAACAUCAACCUGUACAACUAAAACACAAAGGAAAAAAAGUCUACUCCACAAAGCAGCCUUUAACUGAUUUAAGAUGUUUUUAAGUUGUUUUGUCAUUUAAGUUGUGUGGUUUUCAUUGCAAGUGUAGAGAGUGCAGAAUUUCUUAGAUGUCUGAAAUCAGUGUGUUGUAUAAGGUUGGUUAAGGAUUUCGCACUACUGUCUUUUCAGAAAUAUAGCAAAGUGGGCACCCAUGAAGCAGUCAUCUGGUAGUUUCUCUUUAGUUUAUGUAUGAUUAAACUGUUUGAAAAGAUUCACA